AUGCAUACACGACGUGCUAGAAUGAUAUCCACCCGUUCGACAUUAUGUAACUUUUUAAAUCACAUAAAUUACCACGACCUCUAUAUUCUUCCCUACAACAGUAAUGCAAAUGUACUUGCAGCUCAUGCAAGGAACGGGAGAAUGACUCAAAUAUUAACGGGAAAACAAAUAAUGAAGCAGAAUGUGAAACGCGAAGCAAAUAGGUUACGAUUACGAUCACAUAAUCGACAAUAUAUAAUCAAUCUAGCAACAGAAGUGAUUUGGAAUUUACGAUACACACAAUUUCAAAGACAGAGAUUUAUAAAUUUAGCUAAUAAUGCGAAUUCUAUAAAUCAAAGUUUAACUCCUGUUUACAAUAAUGACACACUUUUUCGGAUAUCAAGAAUCAAUACUCCACAAACGGCCAUCAAUCAACUUGAGCGAGACUUUUAUAAUGGAAGUAACUUUUGCAAUAACAGCAGUUACGAUUCUUUACCUUUUCUUUAG